CUUUGUCCGUUAGUCGUUCUCCCAAUUGAUAUCGUCGAAAUUAAACCCCCCACAAAACACCGCCACCAGAUGAGCUCCCGCACGGGCGGCCGAGAGAAACAGCUCCGCCGCAGCGACCAGGCGGCGGUGCCCAAAGGGUUCGUCGCCGUGAUGGUGGGCGGCGGCGCGAGGGAGGAACGGGAGCGGUUUGUGGUCCCGGUGGCUUACUUGAACCACCACUUGUUCCUGCUUCUUCUCAAGGAAGCCGAGGAGGAGUACGGCUUCGAUCACGACGGUCCGAUCACUAUCCCUUGCCGCGCGGAGGAGUUCCGCCGCGUCUGCCGGAUGAUCGACAAGGAAACCUCCCGCCACGACCCUCACUCGUCUACUUCCUGCUUCAAGACAAAGGCUUGACUUCUUCUUCUUUUUUUUUAACCUCUUCCUUUUUUUUAUUUAAUUAACUUAAAAUUGUCUAUAUCUUAGACCUUUUCGGUUUAAAUAAAAAUUGUGGAGUACUACUAUGAAUCAAGUUUUAUAAUUCUUUAAUUUGUGCAAAGUUGAAAUUAGUGACAACAAUUUUGUAUGAAUAUAAUACACGUAAAUUCUUUUGUAGAUCCCUGAUUUAUGAUCAGUUAUAUAUCGUGAAAAAUCAAAUGAGAAGAGAUUAUUAUUAUCUGUAAUAUAUGAGUCUUGUAAAAAAAGAAAGAGAUCUAAUUAUG